AUGCAUGUCCCGCCGACAGGGUUGCCCUACGCAAUUUACUACACAAUCCUCGCAGCUAUCGCCGUUCCAGUGAAUCUGGUGGCGAUUGUGAUACUGGCUCGGGGGGAGUGCGGACUCUCCAGAUGUAUCACUCGGUACCUGGUCUCCAUGGCUGUGACGGAUCUCCUGGUCAUUAUCACGGCAGUGAUAUUAAACCGGCUCAGCGGCAUUUAUUUCCCGGGUAGUAUACUAAACAUCACCCCUGUAUGUAGUCUCAGCGCCGCUGUAACUUUCGCAGCUCGAGUUUGCUCGGUUUGGUUAACCGUCUCGUUCACCUUUGAUCGAUUUGUAGCCAUUUGCUGCCAGAAACUGAAGACUAAAUAUUGCACCGAGCGAACGGCGACCGUGGUUAUAAUAACGGUUUGUCUGUUAAGUUGUUUGACCAACAUCCCUUGGUACUUCAUACAUGGACCGCUCUACAUAUCUGGCGAUGUCUCGUGGUAUUGCAGACUGAAGAAAAUCCUUUACACUUCGCCCAUCUGGAGAGCGUUCGACGCACUCGAUCGCAUUUUGACCCCGUGCCUCCCGUUCCUCCUGAUCUUGCUGCUCAACGCGCUCACGGUCAGGCACAUCCUGGCGGCGAGCAGAGCCCGCGAGAGGCUCCGCGCCGCCAGCAAGGCGGAGACUCAGAGCGACCCGGAGAUGGAGAGCCGGAGGAAGUCCAUAGUUUUGCUCUUCAGCAUUUCCGGGACCUUCAUCCUCCUGUGGAUGACGUACGUCGUUCGCUUCUUGUACGUCCGCAUCACCAAUGACGCCAGCUUCAAAAGUUUCACCGACCCCAAGUUCCAAUUCCAAGAGGCCGCCAACAUGCUUCAGCUUCUGAGUUCCUGCACCAACACGUUCAUUUAUGCCGCGGUUCAGAGCAAAUUUAGAGAUGAGCUGAAGAAAGCAGCCAAAUAUCCAUUCACUCUAAUUGCUAAAAUAAUCUAG